AUGAACACCCCAGAAGCCAAGGCAGCAGCUAGGGCUCACCACCAAGACCUUUCGCAACCUGGUUCCACGGUGGUUCUAGAGACCGACGCCAAUGGCGUGGUCCACGUGAAAGUUGUCGAAUGCAGUGAGGAGGAUGCGACACAAGCCGCCCUGAAGCGGCCGGCGACACUGAGUCAGUCGGAGUACAACCUCCUGCAAGCGCUAGACAUUGGCAUUGACCGCCCCCUGACCACGACGCCAUUCCUGACGCUGUAUCGGAGACGCGAACGACAACCUGUCCUUCAGCCGUGGAGUCACCUGAUGAAUGUUCUGGACGAUUCCUACCACGGUGUAUCCGAGCGUCUUCUGGCGCGCGUGGACCAGUGGGCGUUCAACACCUUUGCCCUGGACGCAUGUUCGGGUGGCCGCUCCAUGCCAAUCCUAUGUGUGCACCUGUUCCACGAGUACGGCUUCCUCAGCACCUUCAACCUAGACGCCGUACGCGUCUGGCACUGCUUCAGCCUGAUUGACGCCGGUUACCAUAGCAACAACCCGUAUCACAACUCCGUGCACGCAGCUGACGUCACCCAAGCCAUGCACUGUUUCCUCUUAGAAGACAAGAUCCGUGAGCACAUGACCCCUGUGGAGGCGAUGGCAUCGCUGAUCGCGGCCGUCACUCAUGAUCUUGACCACCCGGGGGUCAAUCAACCGUUCCUUAUCGCUACCUCCAAUCACCUGGCUGCACUAUAUAAUAAUUUCUCGGUGCUAGAGAACCAUCAUUGGCGUUCUGCCGUGUCCUGCCUGCGUCAGUCUGGGAUUUUCGAUCACCUGGCCACUUCUGUAUGGGAUGAAAUUGAAGAACAAAUUCGAAGCCUCAUCCUGGCAACGGACAUCACUCGGCAGCAGGAGUUCCUGUCCAGGUUCAAGCGAUACUUGGAGAACAACGUGCUCGACAUGGCAGACAAGGAAUACCGUCACUUCAUUCUCCAGAUUGCUCUGAAGUGCGCCGACUUGGGAAACCCCUGCCGUCCCUGGGAUAUCAGCCACCGGUGGAGCCUGCAAGUCUGCAAAGAGUUCUACAGGCAAGGUGACUUUGAGAAACGGCUGAACAUCCCAGUCACUCCAAUCUGUGAUAGAGAAAGGACUACGGUAGCUAAGAUACAAGCUGACUUCUUCAAGUACGUGGUGAGCCCGCUGUUUGAGAUCUGGGACCAGUUCUUGGACACACCUCUGUCUCACGAGCUGCUGCGCAACCUGUGGCUCAACCACGUCCAGUGGGAGAAGAAAGUGGCUGCGGCUGAUGACUCGACCGCGUCGGCGUCUUUUGAGACGGACCUCAACGCUCCGCUUGCUUCGGAGGAGGAUGAGGGCGACCUGCUAGACUUUGACGACGAAGACGAUGAAGAGCUGCCGCCGCUGCUGCGGCGCCGCAGUGCCACGGUGGCCCGCUACUCCUGGAUGGAAGAGACGUUGGGGUCGAGUGCUUGGGGACGACGACACAGUAUGCCACUCAGCGUACCCAAGCUGCCAUCGCGGACCGUCAUCCGGCGUCGAAGGCAGUCGCUGCCCCUCGCGGUGGCCAAGGGUGUCACCGCGGCAGCAACGGGAGGCCUGCAACCGCCGGAGGAGAGGCCUUCGUCGCCGGCCUUGUCGGCCGAGAACUUGCAGCCGACGACGAGCCUGCUGUCGCUGUCCAGCACCCACGAGGGGGCGCCUAUCAGCACAGUGCUCCAGAGGGUGUCUCGAGAGAAUGAGCGUCGCUUCCUCGUGCACCAGCCCAUCUCGUACCCUCCAUACCGACGCACCUCGGAGCCAUUCGUGUCGACUCCCUCGAAGAGGGCCUUCCCACGACGCUCCGAGUCUGUGUUUGCCUUCUCAUCCUCCAUGGAGGUCGAGCUGGGCGAUGGAGAGGACAAGGAAGCUGAAAGUGGUGACGAGAGCAAGGAGACGACGGUGAAGACGAAAGAACAGGCGACAGCAGGAGGACAGGACGGCGAUGACAAGACUGUUUCAGAACAAGACGAACAGGGAGACAACGAAGCAGUCACUGCGGAAGAAAAGCACGCUCAAGAAGGUGACACGCCGAACUGGGCAGGAGGAGACUCCUCAGGCUCGAAGACUUGCGAAAAUGGUUGCGGAACGCCUUCACCACCGCCAUCUGGCGUGACGUCACCCGCAGGCAAUGAAGUCGUGACAGGAGCGAACACUGGUAGUGCUGACGGUCGUCGUGAUGGUGGAUCGCGAUCUUCCACAGCCAUGGUUCGAGAACGCGGAGAGGGCGACUUGACGUUGGGGAGUUCGCGGGCGAAGCCGCCUGCUCAAACGAAGCGAUCUCGCCUGCAUUGUACUCCGGCGCAACUUGCUAACAGGACGCGCGGUGUAGCACUGCAACUGUGCUUUCAAUCACGUAGAAUAAUAGAACACAACUUUAUUCAGCUGUAUCUGGGUGAAUAUGCGACGUUCACGAUCGAGCCUCCACCGAGAGAGGGCCCAUCUGUCAGCCGAAAGUCCAAAGGCCUGGAAGCGACCACAUCGCUGGACGACAAUGAGGAUGUGCCGAUGCCGUCGUGGUCACAUCGCUUCAGCUUGAUCAAUGAGCGAGAAGCGCACCAGAUCGAGUUUGACCAUCCACCCGAGGCCUCGUGGAGAAACUGCGCAAGGAACAACCGGAGGAGUUCGGCACCGACGUCACUGGGCCUGGAACGACAGGUGUCCUUCCUGGAUGACCCCGCAAGUGUGACCGGAAGUGCUCUUCCAGCUUGCAGCUUGGUCGGUGCACUGCGGCGCCGCUCUUCCAUGCCCGCGAGCUCAUUCCGGCGCCACAGCAUCGGCUUCCUGGAGCCCGUGGCCCCGUCGUCCGAGUCCGAGGACGGCGGCGGGUCGUGCGCCACCUCCACGGCGUGCAGCACGCGCCGCGGAAGCUGCGCUCCCCCGCCCCCACACCAGCAUCAUCCACGCAGGCACUCCAGCAUCAGCUCGAGGGACGAGGACGAGACACGCGACCUGUUUCUGCCUUUCGUCCCGGCGCCAGCUGCUGCGUCGCCUGGGUCGCUCAGACGACGUCGGGGGUCUCUGCCAGCUGACGUGCCCCUGCCGCUCAUGGUGUGCACUGCGGAGAAGCCGCAGCAGCAGGGCAGUCGAAGGGUGGUCUCGAGAACCGGAGGUGCCAGCGACGCGUUGGAUACCACGAGAAGGCGUGGCUCCACGGGCGAGAUACUGAGUGCCCUCAUCGGUCCCUAUGGGGCACUGCACGCGUUGCAGAACCUUCCUCGGCGGGGCUCGGGUGGUGGUCUGGAACUGCUGAGUGGCCUGUGGCGUUCGCGUACCCUGCUUGGCUCGGACUGGUCGCCUAGUGGCGCGCCGCCACAGCCGGUGUCGGUGGCCGGUCGCUUCAAGCUUCAGAGGCAGGCCUGCUCCCUCGAGUCGACCAGCGUCCAGUCGACGUGCUCGUCGGCUGCGGGCAGCAUAUUCAGCAGCCAACGUAGGGGCUCCUUCCCGCAGGAGUUCUCUCUCUUCUCGUUUAGUUCAGGAGAGCUCUACUGCUGUGACGAUGGUGGCGGAGGUGACUAAAGCCUCGUCGCACCAAUCCUUUCAUGAGGAAUGAAAAGAGACAGCCAAGCUAAUUCACGGGGCAAAAACAACCUUCACAGCCAGCACCUUUUACAAAAGAGUCAUCCGCAUCACGUAGGAACACGAAACAAAAAAAAAAAAAACAAUAUACAUAAACAGUGUAUAUACAUAUAUAUAUGACUAUACACAUGCAUGAGCAGCAACACACUGCCGAACAAUGAAAAAUCUUAUUCGAAAGGGCGCCACAUCUUUGGCGUGCUGUCACGUGGCAGUACAAAAACUAUGCAAGCGCGGGAACAACGCCUGUCUCCGCCACUGCCGCCGCCAAGCCAAGCGACUAGCCAAGUCAAGUGACUAGCCAAGUCUUCUCCGAAGACGCAUUCUUUCCACGAGAGGGAUUUCACUGCAACCAAUCAACCAAGCCCAGUUAAUUGUUCUACUGCUUCUGUGUGUGUUGUUCGGAUCGUCGCCGGUGGCCAGCUCGGAACAGUGCGUGGAAUAGCUGUCGUGUUGAGUGUGCAGCCCACUCGCGGCGUGCGAAGUCGCCGCAUGCCGUGGUCCGACCCCCAACUGGUUGUCCUGAACCCGUAGCACUGACUACUAAAUGUGGGGCGUGCAGUGGUCUGUGUUCUAAUUUCCUUCGUGUUUUUGUUUGUGACACCAUAUCAGACAAGAGACUGGAGUUGACUGUCUUAAUGCCCCGGUAAUUUGUGUUUUUAAUUCCUUUCGCCCUUUGAGAUUGUUCACAUCCUCCUUACAGCGUGUGUUUGCACGUCUUCCUUCCUCUUAAAUCUAGAGUGUGUGGCGAGUGUGAUGUCCAGUUUUAACACGUGUUUGGUGUGAUUGAAAAGUGAUCGUCAGCAUGACGUGUCGUGUGACCUGAUUUAAUUUUUUUUCUUUGAUUAAGAUCAACAGGGUGUGCCCAUGUGCUAGAGAUGGGAUGAUUGUUAACUGCACGCAGUUAUCGCAAAAUAUUUUCUUUUCUGCUUCUUAGAAUGCGGUGGUUGUCGUGCUCGAGAGGAAACGCUACCAAUGCAGAUUUUUAUGCGCGGAGCGAUCCUGCGUGUUCCCUGUGGGUUUUUCGUUUCACAAUGCACAUCGCAAUUAUUCGAGCACGGGGGUCACGUAAGUUUAGGAACACAAGUUACCCUCGCACUUUUACUUUAGAGGAAUAAGCACAUCUAGCCUUAGUCAUCGAUCAUCAGUGAUGUUCGUUCGUUGUUGCCGUCAUUCAUGAUUUGUGUAGAGAUGAGUACCUGAGCAUCAGCCAUCAAAUUUAAAGCUUUGUGCUUCUUUCGCAUUUCAAUGAAAGUGCAUUGUGUGAUGGGGUCUUUAUUAGGCUGAUCAAAGCGAGUCCUCAAUCACACUCCACAAAGAAAAACACGUAAGAAACACUCGAGCAAAUUCGCAGGAUGGUAUGCUCGAGUCAUCCACGAGUUCCUGUUUUUUGUGUUAUGGAGGAGCGAGCUACAAAAUCUGAAACAGGGCUCUAGGAUGAUCACUAAGUUAAUUGAAGGGGCAAUCUGAAGGUCGUGAUUCUUGGGUGGCUAAAGCUGGAAAAAAAUUUCCUAGUAGUAUUGUCGAUCCUUCAUGGCUAACACAUUUGACACUGUGCCGCAUCUCUUCUGGAUUCAAGUACAUUACAUUGAAUUUCUCCCGAUUGCUCAAAGUCCAACACAUGAGGACUGAAAAGCUCUGGAAACUGGUCCAGUGUGUUUCGUAAUAUCAUUAUAUUCAAGUUCUUUUUUUUGAGUGUUUGUGUGUUUUGAGUUUGUUUGUCACCUUGUGGUUUAAUUAUUGCCUUUCGUUCUUCACCACUGUUUUCACAUUGUGUUCACUUAAUUUGGUGCAUUUUUAUGUUAUGACAUGUGUUCUUUUUCUGAGUAAUAUCGGAUGCCCGAAGCAGCUCCUCUGUAGAAGGUAUGGGUUAACGGGUCACGGAAACUUUGUCCGCAAGCUUUCCUGCAGAAUUUCCAAGUUUAUUUAAAACUUUUAAGCUGCCAAUGAUGCUCCUACGACUAUCGGUGUCAUUUCAGUGGGAGGAAAUCUGCGAGCACAAAAGGUCACUUGUAGAAGAUGCAUAUAUGCCUUCGUACUUCAGAUGAAAAGGCCAAUCAUGCAAAAAAUGUGUCACUGAAACACAUGCCUCAAAUAUGGCUGUUUUGUUCACAUGAACAACGGUUUCUCUUUUUUAGGUGAAAAGGCCGAUGAUUUGUCAAAUGCCUAAUUAGGUCUGUAACGUGUAAAAAUGUACUACCCUUGGGCUCAGAUGACCAAUGCUUUCUCUGUUAACCUACCGUUGGUCAUUUCUGUGCAAAAAACGCAACACGUGAUUCUCUCAGAAGUACAGAGUUGUAGGAAUAGAACAAUAGACUUAGCAGGUAAUUUGUAUGAACCAGAGUUAACCGAGUGCCAUAGACACUGUUCUGAAAAAUGCAAGUCACUGGGAGUUAGUCUCUUGCUGGGCUACUUGUGCAUGAAGCUUUCCUUAUGACCUGUCAAAUGUCUUGAGAUUUCAUUAAAUGCAAAAACCUACCUCUUUAGAGAACAAA